AUGAGUUUUCUUGUCUUGUCAUUAUUAUUCUCAGCUCAUGCCUCGCCCUCGGCAACCACUCCACAGGUAGAUCUAGGAUACGAGAUCCAUGAAGGAUGGCUUAAUGAUACUGGAGCAUUUUACAACUUUUCAAACAUCCCGUACGCGCAGCCUCCGUUAGGGAAUCUCCGAUUCUCAGCCCCUUUGAAGCCAAUUAUCAAUGAUACCAAAUCUGUCAACAAUGGGUCACGAUUUGCCCUUUGUCCUCAGGGUAUACCGGCUUGGACUAAAAAUGCAACCGCAUUUCUCAAAAACGGUUCUUCGAUACUCAAUGGCACCUCGUAUAACCCACCCAUUAUCACUAACUUGACGAAUGUGCGCGCUGGCACAAGUGAAGAUUGUCUUCUGCUAGAUGUCCUUGUUCCAAGCGCCAUUUUUGAUAAUCGAGGGAGACAACCAGGCUCGCCUGUGCUGGUGUGGAUUCAUGGUGGAGGAUAUACACUUGGGUGGAAAACCCAAUAUGGAAGUGGGGCUGGUUUGGUCAGAGCAAGUCAAAAUUAUACGAAGCCAGGCAUAGUUUACGUGGCCAUUAACUAUCGACUGGGGUUGUUUGGGUUUCUCUCUGGUCCAACCUUUCAGCAAAAUGGCACCGCGAAUAAUGGCCUCUUGGAUCAGAGACUGGCACUAGGAUGGGUUCGAGAUAACAUUGCCAAGUUCGGUGGAGAUCCUAGCCAAGUUACAGUUAUGGGGGAGUCAGCGGGAGGAGGAAGCACGAUUCACCAAAUUACAGCAUAUGGUGGUUCAAAAGGAAAGGUUCCAUUUCAGAAAGCAAUUGUCCAGAGUGGUGCUUUCCUACCAGUCACAAGCAAGCAGAAGCAAGAAGACAUCUUCCAGAGCGUCCUCACGACUUCUGGAGUUUCGACACUUCAAGAUGCAAGGAAUCUCUCAACUGAAAUCCUUCAACUCACAAAUGCCAAGAUUAUUGGGCAGGCAGCCUGGGGGGAUUUUAUAUUCAAUCCCGUAGUAGAUGGCAGUUUUACACCAGCUCUCCCAGGAGAACUUCUUCUCCAUGGACGGUACGAUACAACUCUCAACGUCAUGAUGGGCCACAAUACCGAUGAAGCCUCAGAAUUCACCUCUCCAUAUGUCAACACAACCGAAACCUUCAACCAAAAUGUUCUUCAAGUCUCAUUCCCCAAUAUCAACGGAUAUAACACUGCGACUUACUUGAUGGACACUCUCUAUCCACCUAUAUACGAUGGAAGCCAUGGCUACGAAUCAAACUUUACACGUGCCACAAGUCUCGUCUCUGACGCUCUUUUCCAGUGCAAUGCCAACUACCUAGCGCGAGCAUUUGGGGCGGCUGGAUACGCGUACCAGUUCUCUGUCAAACCCGCGCGCCACGGAGAUGACAUUACAUAUACUUUCUAUGAAGGGCCUGCAGAUUCUGUUGCGAACGACACUCUCGCAUUAGCGAUGCAAGACAUAUUUACCAAUUUUGUCAUCUCUGGCAAUCCGAAUAGAGUUGGGAGCGAGUUGCCUUACUUCCCAGAUUAUUCUCAGGGAAAUUUGCUCUACAAUUUCAACAAAACAUUGAUCGCUACAAAGCCAGAUAAUCUCAAUAAUGACAGAUGUAGGUGGUGGCAAAAAGCAUUCUAUGCCUAA